CGCGCUGCUCCGACGUUUGCGGAAGCACGCGGUUGCUUGACGUUGCUGCUGCGAAUAAAGUUAUCGCAUUGGGGGGCUGCAGUGCAACGAUGAUUGUGGUUCUCAUGGGGGUGUGUGGAUGCGGGAAGUCGACGAUUGGAAACACGCUUUCUGAAAAGAUGAAUUGGAAGUUUCUGGAUGCUGAUGAUUUUCAUCCAAAGUGCAACAAAGAUAAAAUGCAAAAAGGCAUAUCUCUCACAGAUGAGGACAGGUUCCCUUGGCUGAUGUCAUUGCACAGUUUUCUAAGGGAAACUGCUGGAGGUGGUGGGAAUGUAAUCCUGGCGUGCUCUGCACUCAAGAAAGCCUACAGAGGAAUACUCGCAAAUGGCACAACGGACAAACGGGAGACGGAGCUUGAGGUCUUAUUUGUGCAUCUGCAUGCUUCAGCAGAGACGAUCAGAAGGAGACUGCAACAAAGACAAGGACACUUCAUGUCUCCAGAACUUCUGCAGUCUCAGCUGGCCACACUGGAACCUCCCACAGCAGGGGAAUAUUUUAUUAGCAUCGAUGUAGACAGAGACUUGAGUGCAAUAGCCACAGAUAUAGUUAAGCAUUUGGUGAAUAUUACACCGCUUCAGGAUUGAUAUCAGAGUGAAGUUAUGCAUACUCAAACACAGAGACGCGUUUUCUCUGUGUGGCUAUGUAUCUCUCUCUAUGUAUCUCCGUGAUAUCUGUCUCUACUUAUAUGUCUGUCUAUAUGUCUCUGGUUCUGUGUUUUAUCUCUCUCUCAAAUUUAGCAUUCUCAGAUUGAACGUAAUUAACCAGGUAGGGUGUUGACUGUUAUGUUAUCCGACUGUUGUAUUACAUUACAUUUCUAAGUAGACUAGAUUUGUGUUUCUAUUUCAUUUAUACCUGAUGAUGAUUGCUUGUGUUGCAAUCGAAACGUCGUAUUCUAGUAUUUAAUUUAUUAUUUUCUCUUUAUACGUGACUUUACCGAAAGAACCAAAGAGUGAAGUUAUGCAUUUGUGAAAGCCAGUUCUAAUCUAAAAACGCUAGUCGACUUAGCACAAAACGAGGAAAGCAUUGCAAUCCAGAAGAACCUUCUAGCUGCUACCCUAUUACCCGUGAUUUUUGUUGUCUCUGAGUGCCAUUGGGUCCGCAAACCUCAAUAUUCACAGCCAAAUUCUUCCAAUUGCCCACGAUUAUAUGCACUGGAUGAUAGGCUCUGCGAGAUUGUUCCCGCACAUUGUCAUUUAUAAAAGGCGUUAUCCUAUAUAUGUCAUGGUUAAAAUAUGAAAUUGCCAAAAAAUGUUUAGCGUGACAGCCAUUGAGCAAAUGCAGUAAUGUAAUUUUGAGUAUGAAUGUAAAACGCAGCAAGUACGUGUAAGAUAUUUUAAUUAUGAUGGAUGCAGUGUACAACGAAAUGAUCUGUCAUGAAAAGUAAACAUUGUUGAAUCUAAAAGUGUAAGCAGCCUGUAAUGCGUAUGAAGCAUGACACAAAGCAAUGCAUAACAAUUACGGACCAUGAAUUAUGUCUGUAUUGCUUUGUCAUAAUACCGGUUUUAUUAUGGCACAUAUACAGUAUAUUAAAUACUGUACACUUAAAAUGGGUAGAAUUCAUGCUAAUUAUUACACGCUUUUUAUUAACUCUGUCUGUCCUUGUAUCCUCAAAUCUUGUAACUAAAUUUUAACCCACUUCCCAAUGUGGUAUCGACUACAAACUUGGUAUGCUUAUGUCAUACUGAUGACAAUACUAUAUUCUAUCAUAAAAAAUAAGUAUGUAUAUUUUUAAACAUUGUUUUGAUAUGUUAUGUUUCGGCUUGGGUAUUAUUGUCCACGCUCAACUCACGUUGGCUGUAAAUCACCAUGGUCCCUCACGUUAUGGCAAGCUUCGGGGCCACUUCCUGGAGUUUUUCCAUUACUAGUACGGUACAUUUCAUUAAAGCGUGUUUACAUUUUAUAAUAUUACUUAUCUUAUGUUGCGAUUGGCUCUAUUUUAACGGAGUGUAUAAAAAUACAGGUUUAAUCAAACUGCUUCAAAUUUUGAAAUGUUAAACCGUUGAAAAUAUGUUUCUGUGUGCCAUGUAUGAGCAGAUUAUAUUUAGAUGCUUCCAUGAUGUUUUUGGAUGGCUUUGAGUUGAAUAUUCUUGCUUUUUAAAUCCUUUAUAUUAAGUUCACUUGCUUGCUUGCUUACGACCGUGCAAAUCUUUCGGUCGUUUUUUAACCCACUUCCCGUGAUCCAAUCAAGCUGACAUUUUGCACACAGACUCGUUGUGCGUGACAAUGAAUUUUCGUGUAAAUUUUUUUUUCAAAAAUUUACACCUUUUAGGAAUUUUUUAAAAAUAUUUAAUUACCAAUUGCUUAAUGGUGGCAGACAAUCAUCUGACCCAUAGGUGGCAGCCAUCUCAAGCCAGAGGACGAGAGGACUCUAGCCGCCUGUUUCAAAGACCAAUGUGGGCUGGGUUGUGGCCCAUUGAACACGCAUAUAAAGGAUUUAUAGUGAAAAACUUUGUUUUUACGGGUUAAUUUUUACCAGUUACCCAGUACCUGCCGGUUCGAGAGCCAUCUAUGUAAGCCGAUGCAGCAGAUGUCUUCUUCGGAAUGCUGCCAGGUUGGCUUUGAGGAGGGAUUAUGGACAUAUGGCACGACCACUAGAGUACAUAAGCAUGUAUCCUCAUCAUCCUAUAGUAUUGUGCACUAUGCGGUAUUUCCACAAUCCUAUGACCAGUUUCCUAAACUUUAGAUCCAUACACUUACCCUUAUGCUCUGUGUGGUUUUCAUUAAAGUAAGUGUGAUGUAUGUCACACGCCACAAUAUUUCAACAACAGUAUUCCAAAGUAGUUCCCAGAACAGCAUUCCAGACUGUUCCAGAUAAAAUUAAGCACGCGACUUAUUCCACUCUUGCACUCUGUAGGUUCUAUGCAGUAAUUGAAUUUCAGAUGAGUGUCUUGCAGGCAUCGUGGCCUAGUUAAAAGUGUGUAACGGAAUCAUUUUUAUUGUUUAGUUAUCUAAUGUGCCCUCUCCUUCUCUACGUACAUUUUUAAAUCAAAUUAUUUAGGAAUGCAUCAUGUAAUUAACAUUUCGUUCAUAUUUAUACAAACAUUAAAAGAAAAAGUUGAUGGGCCUAUUAACCUUUCAGACUUAUGUUAACUUUUGGUAUUUGUUUAAACCCGUAAACUUUGGGCCAGUUUUUCAGAUGUCGGCCUCAUCAGUAUUGUCGGGAAUACUAACACACACUGCUGGUUUGCCAGAUGUUAUAACUAAAUGCCUAUCACAUUCACAUUGCUU